AUGAACGGAACUGGUUAUUUACAUCGUCCAUCAUCCGUUGGUAUUCUUGCUUGUGAACUUUACAUUCCAGCAUUAUAUGUUGAACAAUCAAAAUUAGAAACACAUGAAAAUGUUUCCAAAGGAAAAAAUACAAUCGGUUUAGGACAACAACGUAUGUCUAUAUGUUCUGAUCAUGAAGAUAUAUGUUCAUUAUGUUUAACUGUUUUAUCACGUUUACUUGAUGAAACCGGGGUACAUCCACAACAAAUAGGUCGUUUAGAUGUCGGAACAGAAACAUUAAUUGAUAAAGCAAAAUCAAUAAAAACAGUUCUUAUGCAAUUAUUUGUUGAUCAUGAUAAUACAGCUGUUGAAGGUGUAGAUAAUGUAAAUGCUUGUUAUGGAGGUACUGCAGCUAUAUUUAAUGCUAUUCAUUGGAUUGAAUCAAGUUUUUGGGAUGGACGAUAUGCUGUUGUAGUUAUGGGUGAUAUAGCAAUAUAUCCAAAAGGAAAUGCUCGUCCAACAGGUGGUGCUGGUGCUUGUGCUCUCCUUAUCGGUCCUAAUGCUCCCGUUGUCUUUGAAUCCGGUUGUCGUGCAACACAUAUGGCACAUGUUUAUGAUUUUUAUAAACCAAAUUUCACUUCUCUUUAUCCAGUUGUUGAUGGUCAAUUAAGUAUUCAAAGUGUUAUAUCCGCACUUGAUACAUGUUAUACACAAUUUUGUACAAAAUCUCAAAUGAAUCAUGAAUCUCAUUCACAUACACAUACAACUACAUUAACAUCACGUGAAGUUAAUCUAUCAACAUUUGCUGCUGUUCUAUUUCAUACACCAUAUUGUAAACUUGCACAAAAAUCUUUAGCAAGAUUAUAUUUAAAUGAUCUUAUUCGUGCUUGUCCAUAUAUACCGAAUAAUAUCAGUGAAAAAUAUAAAAAUUUUGAUCUUCGUACUACAAUUAAUGAUAAAGAACUUGAACGAGAAAUGGUUGAACAAAGUAGAGAAUUAUAUGAACAGAAAACUUUACCAGGUCUUUAUUUCGCACAAAACAUGGGCAAUAUGUAUACACCGUCAGUUUAUUAUAGUCUUUUUGCAUUUCUUAUCAGUCAACCAACUGAAGAACAAUUAUAUGGUCGACGUAUAUUACUUUUUUCAUAUGGUUCUGGUUUAGCAUCAUCAAUGUAUAGUGUUGUUUGUCGUAAAGUUCAUGAAUGUCGUUUUACACUUGCACAAUUACAAAGAAGUAUUCUACGUGCUAAACUUCGUCUUGAUCAUGAGAGAAUGGAAGUCACACCUGAUAUAAUGGAUAAAAUUUUAUUAGAACGUGAACAAACUCAGCAUAAAGUUCCUUUUACACCAAAACAACCAAAUGAAAUGUUAAAAUCAGGUGAUAUGUAUUUAAAAUCAAUUGAUGAUAGUUAUCGACGUUAUUAUGACAAAUUUGUUGCAAAUGAUAACAGUGAACGAGAUAAUGAUAAUGAAAAAAAUGUGCAAGAACUUUAUACUAAAUAUUUUCAAAAUUGUCAAACUAGUGAUGAUGCUUAA